GGCUUUGGCCUACAUUUGCUAAGUGGAAAGCAAAGAGUAAGGAGGCGCUAUCGAGCCUCCAAUAGGGAUAUAAUACUACGGAAUUCUAUAUACUGUAAACCGGUACCGUUCAAAAUCUUCUUGUACUAAAAUCGAUAUCUUUUAGUGAGUGAAUUUAAAAUCAGUACGUUUAUACCUACGGUUGUAGAGACCGUUGUAGCCGUUGUAACUCUUCUGAUAAAAAGGUAAUGUCGGUGUCAACGUCUUCAAGUGAGUGCGACCAUGGAGGUGGCGAAUCGUGCAAUGUCAGAGACACAAUUCUAGAAAGCUUACUUCGUGAAGACACGGUUCAGGAUAGGGCCUUGCCUUCGUCACGCAUCGAAACGCAGCAAAUGUGUAGAUGCCCGUACAUACGUGUUCACCUUGCGUUCACCCCAAAUUCACUCAUCAACACUAAACUUGCCAAUUGGCUUGUGCGCUGCGUGGAAUUCGCCCGAGGCCUGCCGCAGUUUUCAUCGCUGUGUGUUAGGGACCAAAUUAGUCUGUUCACGUCUGCCUGGAAGGAACUUGUUAUUUUGUGUAUGGCACAGGCGUAUUUUCGUUAUACUGUUGAAACAGACGAUGGAACACUCAGUAACUCGGAUCAAAUUGUUUCCAAAUCUGGUGGAGGUAACUGUCCCGGUAGGAGAGCAUACAUGGAGGGUGUACCGACCAAGAAGGCCGUUGAACAAUUGCAAUUUGUAUUAAGUAAAUUUUGGGAAAUUAAGCCAGAUGAAAAGGAAUAUGCAAUUCUAAAGAUGCUCCUAUUAUUAAAUCCAAACAUGAGAGACCUGACGGCAACAGCAAGUGUGGAGAGAAUUCAUGAGUCUAUCCAAUCAACGUUGAUGGAAUAUGAAAAAAUCUGUUAUCCAAACGACUCACUUAGGUUGUCCCAUCUUCUUCUGCUUCUGCCCGGAGUUCGUGGAUUUAACAAGAUAACGUUUGAGAACCUUUUCUUUCGACACCUUAUCGGGGAUACAGACAUGGAAUCGGUUCUUGUUGAGCUGAUGCAGGACGAUAGAAUGCGCUGAGAUUCCUGUCGAUUUUAUUAUUGGCCUGUCAGACGUCGAAUCAUCCAUUUGUUUCGAUGAAGUAGUCACCACAGAGAACGCUCAGUGGGGGAGGACAGUCGAGUUGGUGGAUCCAUUAAGGGUGGUUUACUGCAGGCCUGCGUCUGUUGCCGAAUGUAGGAUGGGAUAAAAAGAUAAUGUAUACAUUAAGUAGCUGAAUUAAUGCGGGAUAACAGGAGUAGGCCUAUUACGUGAACAUUACUGCCACAUUAUAAAAGUUAAUUUGGAAAUGAUAGAGGUACGACAAAAUGCAAUACGUAUCGGAUGACAUGCGCAUGUGUAAGGUAUCGGUAGUGCGCGAGUUUCACACGGUUUUAACGCAGUCUCAGUUAUUUAAACACGCUUCUAAUUUAUUUAAACGUAUUUUAAUUGAAUGAAACACUAAUACAUAUUCUUUAUUGAGUUGAAGUGGUGGUGAGGGGAUUUUACCAACAUGCUGUGGACAAGGAUGUAGGCCUAUGCUAUGUGAUCAACUCCAAAUGCACACAUUGUGGUGUAAUUGAAUUUCACGCGAAAAGCAAUAAACAAACAGUAGCCUACUGUGCACGAAUAUGAAUGAAAAGGAGGAUGUCCAUCUGCGAAAUUACACUUGAUUUUAUAUGGGAAGUAGGUUUCGUAAUGUUGGGUGGGGAUGUGGUGUGGGGAGGGGUCAGACUGGUCGUAAGCAACAUUCGCCACUGAAAAUAUGUCGUUAAUCUUAUAUCAUGAUAUUAUGUUAAUGAUUAAGAAAAUGAUUUUAUUAUUGAACGUACAGUAUUCUAAAAUUGACUAAAAGCAAUAGAUACUGUAUUGUGCUUAUGGUAAUGUCAUAUUUAUUCCUACAUUUCGAUUUUACUGUUAAUAGUUGUUCCGAAAUAAUCACAUUUUGACAUCGCUUAGGGCGUCCAGUUGCAUUACAAAGGGUAACUCAGGUUUUAUAUGAGGUAUCGAUGUUUUGGUCGCUUUCCAUGUUUUCCAUUAGCUCUUGAUUUGUAAAAGGAACUUGAUGUUAUUGCAUUCCUCGUUUUCUGUGAGGCUGGCCUCCUUGGAAUAACCUUGAACCGAGUGUCCUGUUUACGAGGUAUAACACAUAAUCGCGUCACGCUCCGAUAAACGCGUUUAGCGAUGCAUUAACGAGUUAUUCACGGCCGAGAUAAUGACAGUCGGAUGCUGAUAGCAUUGCUGCGGUUUCUGUUAUCUGUAAUAUAAUUAUUUUGUGAAGAAACUGGAUAAUCAUUAGACAUUGAACUAGUACUAAAAAAUAAUAUUUUAAUAUACAAUGACAAAUAAUACAAUGUACACGUAGGCCUACAUUUAAGCUCUAACGUGAUUAAAUCAAAUACUCGUAUUGUUUCUUUGUUAAUAUUCGAUGCUGAUCGAUUAUUAAUAUUAAUAAUUUUUCCGAUAAGUCGUGUAACGUAAUUAAAUAGGAUGGUUUUAUCAUUGUUGUGUUAUUUGCGCGUCACAAAAUUUAUAGCCAAGUCAACGUGAACUGAACAUUUAUCCCGGAAUUGAUUUUUGCAAAAUUAGUAGCUGUGUUUAUUUCAUGUCUGUUACAAGACUUAAGAAUGUAGAGGAGUUUUUAAAGAAGACGGGGUUACAGUUUGGUGUACAUCCGUAUACCUAUCAGGCUAAUUACCGUAUCAUUGUUCUCUGUAAAUAAACAAUAUCAACUACAAAGAAACUCUAUUUAACUGAAAUUGUUGAUAUUUUUAAUGAUUUUUAAAAAGUAUUUUGCUAUGUCUGCUUUCGUUUGCCGUCCCGGCUAAAUAAUUUCAAUUCAUAAUACUGUACUACUACUGUACAACUGAAUUCCUCUGUUUGAAUUCGAUGGAAACGACUUGGGCGGAGUUUUUUUAGAAAUUGGAGUAUGAAGAAGUACACUUGUAAUUUUGAAUCAUCCUAUAUUGUUGGAUCAUAAUCAUCGGUGAUGUAGGCUACGUUAAGAAUGCGAUCGAUUAAAUAAUCCUCACUGUUGUAGGCCUAAAUAUUAAGGAAUCUCUAUGAUUUUUUAUUUUUCUGUGGUAUAAUCGCAUGAGGGGAAGCGCGGAUCGUGACUAUACAUCUAGCCUUGCGUGAUAUUAGAGUGUGACAUAAUGAAUGAAAAUGGAAGGACGCAACUAUCUCAUGAAGACCUCUCAUGAAGGUCACAGAAUUAUUGGCAUAGGAGGUAAUAAUGGACCUUUCCGCUAAGCCCCGCCCCUUGGAUAUUGUUGCUAAGGUCCUACAAGGCGACAGUGUUAAAACAUAGGCGAACACGUGCGUUUGUGGGACAACACGUGUGUUUGUGAAACGCGCGCGUAUUCCUAGCGCUGUUCUGAUUAGUCAGUUGUUAAGUUUGAUUGACACUCCGGAAAGGUCUAUUAAAGGUAUGUUCUGCUUGGCACUCUUAUGUAUGAUUAUUUAAUAUAUAGCAAUUAUCGUUCGUUAUAUCAAAAUACUAACUAUUAACGUGAAAGAAGUAAUAAAGGCCAAUGUAUAUGCAGGGUGACCAGGGACGUUGUGGAACUACAGUAAUACCGAGUUCAAUCGGAAUAGUGUGCUUUUGUUAUUCCGCACGUUUAGGGUCAGUCGGCCCACUUGAGAAAACAGAUCAGUUUAAUAUCACCGAUAAGCCUAUUUGGCGGUAGUCCCCUCUGGUGCUGUGAAUGUAAAAACUUCUAAAACUAGAAAGUACGGUAUAAAAUAAAAAUUUAUGAAACACGCUCAACUCCAUAAGUACCCUCAAAAUCCGAAAGGUCAAGAGCCUAGUCAUACAGAUGAUGAAACAUGGUAAGCUACCAUCAAAAUCAAUGAUUCAGACAAAUAACUCGAUAAAUAUCAAACAUGGCGGUCGUAUCGCGCUGAUCAGCAACGUCAGAGAGAGAUCUCUCAGUUAUCAAACUUAGUACCUGAAAAAUGUAUAAUCAUCAUAGUUGAAUAAUUCUUUUUAUACAAUGCAUAAAAUUGCAAUCAUAUACAGUAUCUAUGAAUAUUUCUUUUGACACAUUGUGUUUUUCUAUCUUAUUUCGACAUAAAGUGCGUUUAUAGACAAAGUUCAACGAAACUCGUUUCAGUUUCCCUCAUUUUUCCACGUCUUUACAAAGUUUUUAAGUAUUUUCUUUAUAAAUAAAAACUGAAUGGGCCCGACGGAAAUUGUAAACCUGGUUGUGUUGAACUAGGCCUAUUGCAUUGACUUUACAUGUACUGUAGAAAGAUGUGCAAACCUGUAAUUGAGUGGAGUUGAAUAGCUUGAGUGGUUAAGAUGUUUGCCAUCUAAUCCCGGGGUUCUGGGCUCAAUUCCUCUCAAGGCAGGAAUUUUUCUCACGACCAAAAACACUCCACUCCCUAUGCUUCUCAAUCUCUAAGCCUCAUAAAAGAGACUUGAUUUAUAAAGCAUCAUUCUCGCCCUGUCAGUAGCGAGUGUACUUGCUGUAGAAUGUAAAGGAAAGCUUGACGCCCAACACUCUCAACCAAAAUAGUAAUAUUGUACUAUAAAGGAAAGUGUUCAGAAAUGUAGGUCUAUGUCAUGGUCAUGUGAUUUGAAAUCUGAAAAGCAGGUCGAGGCUAAAGCUUAUUGUGUCUUGUCAAGAUCUACAAUACGAGACAUAAAAUAUCGUUCGAAGACAUAAUAUGGUACUUUGGACGUAACUUAUUAAAAUGCUGUAAAUCGAUUAUUUUUUUGAAAACAUAAUCAUAAUAGGCCUAAGACAAAAUAAUUAUUACGAAACAAAAUUGUAUUGUAAAUCUAGAAUCAAUGUACUGUACUUUAAGAAUAUUUGUUAAUAUAUAGGCCUACCAUUAAUGAUGACAGCAGUAUCUGAUAAUCAAACUGCAGAUGGAUAGGAAAUUGCUCAUCUGUUCUCAGCUGUAAGGGUAAACAAACCUUAGAGGAUUACCGUACCUAUUUAGCAAUUCGUAUUGUAGUGUAUCCGUUUAAAAUUUUUCCUAGAAUUUUUUUUUCUGAUGAUGUUGCAUCAAAUGCUUAAUAACUGGUUGGUUAUAAACAUAUAUAGAUUAAUUUGUGUCGACAACUCUUAUAUUUAUUGUACAAUUGUAAAAUAAUGGUUGGAUAAAUCUUUGCUAAAAGCUAUAGUGCAGUGUAUAUUUAUAAUUGAUGCAGAAUAAAAGAAUAGAAUUAA